CUCGACGGCGACGACGACGACGUCGAGAACGCCGGCACGGACGCCGGCGGCUGCGGCGCGCUCACGCGCCACCCGCCGCACAUACCCUACAACCCGAAGACGCACGUGCACAGCAAGCCACCCUACUCGUUCAGCUGCCUGAUCUUCAUGGCGAUCGAGGAGGCGGCGCUCAAGCGACUGCCCGUGAAGGACAUCUACCAGUGGAUCGUGACGCACUUCCCCUACUUCCAGAAUGCACCGACGGGCUGGAAGAACUCGGUGCGCCACAACCUGUCGUUGAACAAGUGCUUCAUGAAGGUCGACAAGGAGCGCGGACACAAUAUCGGCAAGGGCUCACUGUGGAUGGUGGAUCCUGACUACCGGCCAAAUCUUCUACAGGCCCUCAGGAAGACACCUUACCAUCCGUACAGCCAACUCCACAUACUGCAGAACAGCUGCAAUAGUCAAGGCUCUUCCAUCGGUCCUAUGAAGCCACUACCACUGGCACCAAGACCGAACGUAAAUGUUCCCUCGCCCGGGCUGUUUCUUGCACUGAGGCAGAAGAUUUGGCAGCUUCACCUUAGGGGGCGAUGUUGACCCGUGUUGGAGGUGGACGCCGCAGCCGCCAUGCUCUCCUUAAGGCAUGCUAGCGAACGAAAGAGAAGCCCUUACCCGAUACACCUCUGGAGAAGAACUGGAGAUGGAGAUUGGAAAGUCAAGCAAAUCCGGUCUUCCAAGCUGAGCGGCACGUCGGUGGUGUUCACACAGAGCCCGAGCGAAGAUCACACCUACAGCAUCACGCCGCAGCCGGAGAGCGGCAGCGACGGACGCGCCUCGCCAGCGCCCUCUUCCAUCGACGACGAGUUCGACUUCGGCUCGGACGCGGACUGUGAUAGCGACUGCGGCGAGGUGAGCGCCUACAGCGACUCGGAGCUGGCCGAGGUGUCGCCGUGGCGACGCUCCGGGGGGUGGGUCGACGACGACGACGAGGAGGAGGAGAAGAAGAAGACGGAGGAGGGUGCAGACGCGCUGCUCAACCUCGCCGGCAUCACGACGUCGACGAUCGUGCCGCUGCGCGCGAUCAGCCCGACAAACAACAACAACAACAACGACGUCGGCAUCAAGGUCAAGUCCGAGCCGCCGGACGGCGGCGGCGGCGGCGGC